GGGUGAAGUGUCUGUAAAUCAAAUUAACAACUUUUCGCGAAAAUAAUUCUUUUUCGCACUUGAGUUUAUUAACCAAUGAAAUUGCAGAACUUUGACGCGAUCCACCAUCUUGAAACACAUACAACAACAAACAACAUGGCUGACACAGAAAACGCCGAUGAACUUUUGGACUACGAUGAGGAAGAGCAGGAAACCACUGCGGAGGGUGCAGGUGAUGCCCAACAAACAAAGAAGGAUGUCAAGGGUACUUAUGUAUCAAUUCACAGUUCUGGUUUUAGAGACUUCCUCCUGAAACCUGAGUUAUUGAGAGCCAUUGUAGACAGAGGAUUUGAACAUCCUUCAGAAGUGCAGCAUGAGUGUAUUCCCCAAGCUAUCUUGUCAAUGGAUGUGUUGUGCCAGGCCAAGUCUGGUAUGGGAAAAACAGCAGUAUUUGUCCUUGCCACAUUACAACAACUGGAACCAGUUGAUGGUCAAGUGUCUGUGCUCGUUUUGGCACAUACAAGAGAGCUUGCGUUCCAGAUCAGCCAGGAUUACGAGCGUUUCAGCAAGUACAUGAAUGGCAUAAAGAUUGCUGUAUUCUUUGGCGGCAUGCCCAUCAAGAAGGAUGAGGAAGUUCUCAAGAAGAACUGUCCAUCAAUAGUUGUUGGUACCCCUGGUCGGUUACUGGCUCUUAUCAAAUCAAAGGCCCUGUCUCUGAAGCAUGUGAAACAUUUUAUCCUCGAUGAAUGUGAUAAGAUGCUCUGUGAGCUUGAUAUGAGAUCUGAUGUACAAGAAAUAUUCCGUAUGACACCUCAUGAGAAGCAAGUUAUGAUGUUCAGUGCCACACUCAGCAAAGAUAUCCGACCUGUGUGCAAGAAGUUCAUGCAAGACCCAAUGGAAGUUUUUGUUGAUGACGACUCAAAACUAACACUUCACGGUCUACAGCAGCACUACGUUAAACUGAAGGACAACGAGAAGAAUAGGAAGUUAUUUGAACUUCUCGAUGUGUUGGAAUUUAAUCAGGUGAUCAUCUUUGUGAAGAGUGUACAGAGAUGCAUGGCAUUGGCUCAGCUCUUGCAUGAACAGAACUUUCCAGCUAUUGCUAUACACAGAGCAAUGACCCAAGAAGAAAGGUUGUCUCGUUACCAACAGUUUAAGGAUUUCCAGAAGCGUAUUCUGGUAGCCACCAAUCUGUUUGGUCGUGGUAUGGAUAUUGAACGUGUAAACAUUGUAUUCAACUAUGACAUGCCUGACGACUCUGAUACUUACUUGCACAGGGUAGCCCGAGCUGGCAGAUUUGGUACAAAGGGAUUGGCAAUCACAUUUGUUUCAGACGAGACUGAUGCCAAAGUGUUGAAUGAUGUCCAAGAAAGAUUUGAGGUCAACAUCUCAGAAUUACCUGACGAAAUUGACAUCUCCUCGUACAUUGAAGGACGGUGAAAAUUUGGAAAAAAGUGUUGCCUGUAUUUCCUCAUACAUUGUCCAGAUUUAAAUUUCCUGCAAACAGACAGUUUAAACAACAUAAAAUACAUUAUUCUCAAAAAAUAGAGUACAGACUUUAUUUUGAUAGUUCACUAUGUGAACCGAAACAUUGUAUGCCAGUUACGAUCAACUGUCGGUGUUAACAUGUGUCUAUUCACAGUCAUAUAUUAAAACUAUUUUUAUCAAGUUUUUUAUACAGAUCAUUGGUAAAUAAAUCAUGUUUGUUUAAAAAAAAACUUUCAGAUUCGAUUAUGUUUUUAAAUUUUCAUAAAGAAACAGCUGUGACAUAAUUUCAUUUGCAUUAAUUUAUAUAAAACUUAGGCCAGGAAAAUUUGUUUGCAUUUUGUAAAAUUCUUUGUUUUUAUUGUACAAAAAGAAAAGAUCUUUUAUUUAAGUGUAUGUAUAUAUAAAAAUCACAUUUAUUCAUAUAAACAUUUCAUUUGUCAUUAUUUUUUGUUUCAAACAAUUUGUAUCUUGCAUCAUACACUGUGAUUUCUGAAUAAAUUGUGAAAAGUA